CACUGAUUAUCUUAUCUCUCGGUGCUUCUCUCCUCUGCCUGCCCACCUCUACCAACACCUCAAUUAACAUGAAGGAACACAAAGGUCAGAAAAGAAAACGCCCGGAAUCUUUCAAAGAGACUAAAGAGAAAGAUUUGAAUGCGAAAUUGGUCGGAAAACUGCACCACGAUCUAAAAGAGGUUAGGAAGGCAGCCAAAAGGGCAAAAACGUAUGAAGUGCAGAAAUUAGUGAAGAAAUUGAAGGGACUUCGUGUGAAGAGUAGCAGUGAACAGGAUAUCACUGAAUGCGAGUCUCAGUUGGAACAACUCAAGGAAAUCAGCCAUGAGGCUGUCGCGAAUACAGCGCUGAGAACCAAACUCAGCAAGGACCGAGAAUUAUCAAACAACGAGCCUAUUCAAGCUGCCAUAUCCAGAGAACUGAAGACGAAUCUGCUCCUUCCAGCGAAAGGUGCCUCUCCUGCCGCCAAGGUUCAAAGUCGGUUACUGAGCUCCAAAAUUCUGGCGGCGGGAAUUGCGUCGGCAUUAGAAGAUCUACGAUUAGUAUUGCGUCCCUCAGCUGGAGAUAGUGAGGAUGACGACGAGCGGCCUCGGAAAUUGAAGAGGAUGGCUGACGAUGAGGGCGAUGUAACUAUGGAUGACCCUCCGGAUCUUGCAGACAUGGAUGAGGAAGUUGACGCUGACAACACCGGAUGGGAAUCAGGAACGAUUGGAGAUGAUGAAAAAGAACCAGAUGACGGAUGGGAGUCUAAUUCACUGGCUACCGAUGACCUGGGUGGAUACAUGGAUGAAGAUGGGUCUGAAAGCGACCACGUUUCCCUGCCAAAAAGAGCAAACAAAUCAGAAUCCACCUUUUUACCGACUCUUUCCACAGGAUUUGUUCGGGGAAAUUCAUCUGACUGGAGCGAGAGUGAAGCGCGAGGUGCAGAUUUGGGUGUAAAGAAGAACAGGCGUGGCCAGAGGGCAAGGCGAGCUAUUUGGGAGAAAAAGUACGGUUCGAAUGCGAAUCACAAGAAGAAAGAGGCGACCGAAUUGGGUCGAAAGCAUUGGACUCAUGCCGAGAAAAGAGCCACGACCCCGAAAAACGAACCGAAGCACGAACCGAAGCACCCGACAACAUCCGACCCCACCAAUUCUAAACCCCUUCAUCCAUCCUGGGAGGCGAAAAAGAAACUGAAGGAGAAAAUGAACGUCUCUAUCGCUCCGCAACCACCUGGGAGAAAGAUCAAGUUUUCAUAACCGUACUAGAUUCAUAAUGCAGUUAUCGAAAUUAUCUCUACGUUGACUACCGAAAACAGCGAAAACAGCGAAAACCGGAAAACACGACAGAGGAAUGCCAGCGAUACAAGGAAAACCAAUAAUGAACAAGAUGUUCU